UGGACAGGAGAGACGUUCCAGACCAAACCAUGGCUAACUCAGCUUUGGAAAUCGUUGGACUUUUGCUAACUUUGAUCGGUCUUGUCGGUACUGCCGCCAGCACCGGUAUGCCCCAAUGGCGAGUCACUGCUUUCAUCGCCGAAAACAUCAUCGUCUUCGAAACCCGUUAUGAAGGACUUUGGAUGAACUGUUUCCGGCAAGCUGACAUCCGAAUGCAGUGCAAAGUGUACGACUCUUUGCUUGCUCUUCCUCCGGAUCUCCAAGCAGCUAGAGGUUUGAUGUGCUGCGCGUUGGCUUUGGGUGGUCUUGGAAUCCUUGUCAGCUUGGUAGGACUUCAGUGCACCUCUUGCAUCCAAAACAACGACCGUGCGAAAAGGAUGGUCUUGAUCAUCGCCGGUAUCAUGAUCCUCUGCGCUUGUAUUUGCGUUCUGAUUCCCGUUUCUUGGACCGGGCACGUCAUCAUCCGAGAUUUCUACAACCCUUUGCUCCUUGACGCGCAAAGGAGGGAACUGGGAGAAGCUUUGUACAUUGGUUGGGUUUCUUCUGCAUUUUUAUUCGCCGGAGGUUGCAUGUUCACCUGCUGCAACGUCAAAUCCGAAAAGGAAGGUUCGGAAAGGUAUUUGUAUUCCAGGAAUUCGGACUACAUCACGUACCCUCCGCAGCAGUUGCAGCCGCAGCAGUUGGUUUUCUUGCCCCAGCCCCAGCCCCAGCUUCAGCCCAGAGACCAGCCCAUGCUCUCCAGACACCCCUCGGCAAACUACAGCCACUACAGCCUGCAGAGCCACCACAGCAACCACCAGCCCGCCAGGUACCCCUCAGUAAGGAGCGCGGUGGCCUACCUAUAG